AUGUCGCCGAAAGCGCCGGAAGUGCCCUCUUGUUCCCAGUGCAUUCGAGCCAAAGUUUCCUGCUCGGGCUAUCGAGACGAGUUUGCUCUACGUUUGCGAGACGAGACACUUGCCACAGGAACCAAGGUCUGCUUGAGGAAGGGAAACAAUCCGAUUCCAUCGUCUCAAGGCGUUCACAGCUCUUCCGCCAAGAGAUUGCAGGGGCCUUAUCGAGAUGCCAUGACUAUGACUUCGGGAUUGACCAACACCGGAAUCUCUCUGACGCCUGAACAUAUCUCCCUUUCGUUCUUCAUGCAAAGUUAUGCCCCCUAUAGUCUCUUUGACUAUUUACCCGAUCUCUACAAACUCGGUCCUGCGUUUGGAGAAUCAAUGGAGGAAGCUGUGUUGGUGCCAUCUAUCGCCUUGCUCUCUUAUCAAGUCAAAGAUCCAGCUCUUUUCCGACUCGCAUAUGCAAGAUACUCCAAGCUCGUCAAGAAGACCCAACAGGCCCUGAUAGCUGUGGAGCAAGCAAAGAGUGAUAGCACCCUCGUUUCAGUACUGUGCCUGGCGCUCUUUGAGGCAAUGUCCUUGCGCGAAAACCAGGACAUGGCUAACUGGAAUGCCCACAUCAAGGGGGCAGCUGCGCUGUUGGAGCUCAGAGGCAGUCAUCAAUUUGACAGCUGGCUUGGUCAGAAGCUGUAUCUCCAUGCUAGCCACAGUAUCAGUGCCAGCUGUGUGAUCAAAAAAGUUCCAGCACCCUCAGCCCUGCUCGAGGUUGACAAGACUGUGCCACCACAUGAUACCAAGUGCCUUUUGGCACUACGGCGCGGUCGACUGCUGAGAAUGCUUGCUGAAUACCAGCAGAAGAAGCUGAUUAUAUCCAAGGAGGCCAGGUUUCAGCAAUGCAAGUCCAUGAUUGAAGACAUUGGCGGUCAGAUGGAGGAGAUGACUCUUGUUGACCCUAUCAAGUUACUGAACUCUGGUGCGCUACAGAAUCUUCCUGCAUCAGUGAAAAACUAUAUGGAUAGCGCAGACUCCUACUCUUCUAUACGGUGGGCACAAGCUUGGAACAUCCUACGCAUGUUACGAAUCUUCAUGGCUGACGCCCUGUGCGGAUGGCUGGAUACAUUCAUUUCGAGAGCGGAAUCACUACCCUCUAGCGAUGCGGGUCAAGCCGAGCAGAUCGCGUCCCUGGCAAAACUACUGCACGUAAUGACCCAAAGAGUCAAGGAUUCGAUAGAUGGCAUCCUUCGUUCUGUUCCCUUCUUCAUCAAUCUGUCUGGAGAGCCACGCUUCACGGCACGCUCUCUUAUUGGCCCGCUCUACUCGGCUGCUUCUGCCAAGCUUGUAUCUUCUGAAGCAAAGGCGUGCGCAGCAGAUUGCCUGCGCUUGAUUGGUAAUUGCUACGGGUUGGAGCAAGCUUCAGAAGCAGCCAAGUCGGCGGACCACGGUUCCGACUUUGAUUCAUGGCAAGUGGACAGCUCAUUUGGCAGGGUGUAUGGCCUCUGCUAA